AGGGAUACAACAUUAAAAUCUCCAAGGCUUGCUCAAAAAUGGCUUGUUCUCACAAAACCAUCUCCUCACUCGCUCUCUUCCUUUCCCUCAACCUUCUCUUCUUUUCCCUCGUCACCGCUCGUGGCUCCGUUCUUCAGCCAGUACCCGAACCAACUGCAAUCGUCGAUGGUAACGAUAUCAUAAGCUUCCCAAAUCCAAACUCCGGUGGCAGUCCAUCCAGUGGCGAACCCACUUGCCCUAGGGACUCCGUCCAAUUAAAUUUAUGUGUUGGCUUACUUGACCUAAUUGAUAUAACCCUUGGUGACCCACCCACUGCAUGUUGCAAUCUGAUUGCAGGCCUCGUCGACCUUGAAGCUGCUGUCUGCCUUUGCACUGCGAUACGAGCACGUGCCUUGGGUAUCAUCGAUAUAAACUUGAAUCUUAAUCUCAGCCUGCUGCUGAACAGUUGCAACAGAGAUGUUCCUGCGUCGUUUGUGUGCGCCUAAUUUACUCUACACAACUUCAAGAUGGAAACAAAAUAAGAAGUUGUAUUUUUACUUUUCUGUUUAUGUUAUGCAU